AUGGCAAUUAAUCUUUCACGAAUAUACUUCCUCUCAGAAAAGACAUCAUCCGCCGCAUUCCUGUACCAGACUCAGACCCUGUCGCAUAUAUCUCGCCUAUCCUCAGUGCCUCCCCGAACCCACCGAUACUAUUCUAUACAACAUAAUGGGUCGGGUAGUGAAAGAGAAGGUCAUGGAUAUUCAGAAGCCCUAAGCCAGCAGGACCUAAAUGAUACCACGAAACCAUCAUCCCAGGAUCUUACACAACGGCGCACCAGCUUUUUGCGCCAUCGAGGUGCUUCUGUCCCUGAGAUGAAGGCUAAAAAGAAUAAGCAAUCGCCUCCCAAACCGAAGUUAAGGACCAUCACCAGGAACGAACGGGAGGCUUUCGGGGGCCUCAUGACCAGAUUGAAAUAUGCCCAGAGCCACCAGAGCGCACCGCUUGAGGGCUCUGACCCGGAUACAAUACCAAAUCCGGAUGAUCUCACAGCCAUCAUGAGUGUUUUUGAAUCAAUUCUGGAGGACAACAAGGUUGGGUCGAAGCAAAUCCAAACUACCAAGAAGAUCAAAGACAGCAUGCCAACCGACACGCGGGAGCAAGAUCUUGUUCGCGAACUGGAUGUGCGGGACGAAGCAUUCUCUGAAGUGGAGGAGGUUCGCCUGAGUGACCUCGAUCUUGAAAACCACAGCGCAAGCACCGAUAUAGAUACCGUUAUCACCAUGAGCGAGGCAAUCAAUAUCAUUGUUGAGCGAGAGUCGAAGAGGAUUGAAUCCGAGCUUUUCCAAGCUGUGGAGGAUGGCAAAGGUGAUUCGGGUCUUUGGGCUGUGUGUAGGCAAAGAAUCUUCACCAUGAUAAGUCAUAUAGGAGGUCCUAAGGCGGCCUCUGCUGAAAAUACCACCGAGAACGGUUCUUUCAGCACAGUGGCUGAUAUCCCUCCCACGUCGCCUUCACCUGGUCCAUUGAACAUCCCGCCCACGGUUCCACCUGGACCUGUAGUUGCGAAGCUCUACCCAAAACUUCUUCUUCUUGCGUUUCGAAUCCUCACCACCCAUUUCCCGGAAUCUCAUUUGAUUAGCCAAUUUCGAACUGCGGCCAAGGCCCAAGGCCGCUCAUCCGCCUUCCUGGGGACUUCCGAGACUCUUUGCGAUGAAUUAAUGGCCUUUUACUGGCACAGGUGCAACGAUCUUCCCGCGGUGGUAUCAUUCCUACGCGAUAUGGACAACGCGGGGCUUGAUCCAAGUGGCCGCGUACGCAAGCUUCUACGAGACAUCGUCCGUCAACACGACCUAGACAUGAAAUCGCGCAAGAGGGCCGGGGGAGAAUAUUUUUGGGAUGCCCCGCCAAAUAAGAGGGCCUUUCAGGAACUUGCAGGAUCUGGUGGUUGGAUCGAAACGAUCGACUCCCGGAGGCGUCAGCGGCGUCGCACUGCCAUCCCUGUCCCGAGGAUGUGA